AUGGACCCACUCACGGUGAACUACCAGGGUUCCGAGGCUCGAACGCAAUCAACACUGUACUGGCUGCUCUCAAGCCGCCGGGACGCGUCCGUCCCUAUUUGUAUUCAACUCAACCACUCUGCUCUACUCGAUCGGUCGGUGUCGUACCCCACUGCAGCUGUGGGUACAGACUGUACCGUACCGUGGCUCUUCCUGUCACGCGAGCCUCUGCCGCUCACAUUCACCGCUGGUCCCGUGAACUGGCGUCGUCUCCGCUUCCCCACAAACGAGCUGCCCGUGUUCCGCGCCGGGUUGCAGCUGCCCGACUUCAACAGCAAAGACCCGCUCAGUCCCUCGUACUAG